AUGACCCUGCCGUCGCAGCCUGGCUCGGCAGAGAAGGCUAUUCGAAAACUUGAUAUUGCCCAGGUUUCUCUGAGUCUACAGGACCGAUUGGGCCUGGCCAAGCUCAAGUACCAACAUGGCCGGAUUCAUGGUUUGAUGCCGCCGAUGGACAGCAGUGACAAGCCCUCCGACUCCUCAUCCGACUUCUCUCGCAGUCGGUGCGAGACUCCCAUGACCUCCCCUCCCCUCCGAGCCGCAACCUAUUCCAAAGAGCUGCCUCGAUCAGCCCGCAAUAAGCAUGCCGUCACCUUCAAUUCCCGUGUGAUGCAGCCCAUGCUCUCGGCCAGCCGCAAGCGUGUCCGUUCCGAUUCUGAUACCGAGCGUCCAGCCAAGGCACCUCGAGUGUCGUGGAAGAGCUCCCACCAACUCCCUGCGUCGUCUCCGGGUCUCAAUCGCCAUAUGCCAUCCCGUCGAAACCCUGCCCCUUUCAUGUCCGAGGCAACUAUUCCGGAGUUGUCUUCUCCUGCAUAUCAUGCCCCCUCCGAUGAGGAAAACGACCCCGACCUGCCUAUCCACAGCUUCCAGCAUGUGGGCUCCAUGGUGGGCUCCUCGCCGCCUCGGACUCCGCCUCCUAAGCAUGCCCGUCUCUCCCGGACUGACCGUCCCUCUCAGCAUGAGGAUGGAGCAGAUCUGCUUCUAUACCUCGCCAAUUCACCUACUCCGGCCCGCGUGGCAGCAGGCUCGCACCAUGCAUUCCCACCGUCCACUCCUCCCAGUCAGCAUGCAGUUCUUCCGACGCUGACUCCCAACCUGGGAACCCCCGGUCAGCAGUUCAACUUUGCCGAUUUUGUCAAUGUGACCCCCAGUCCUGCUCAGCCUGCUUGGGGUGGCCGUACUCCGGGCAAUCCAGGUCGCACACCUCUUUCUACCAAGGAUGCUCGCAAGCGAUUGAACUUUGAUGCUCUCGUUCCACCCAGUACCUCGAGUCCCCGCAUUCAAGGCAAGGGGACCGGACUGGCUCUGCAGCUUGGCGGCGAGCUACGGCCUUAG